CACGCUCUCCCGGCGCUCGGUGGUUUAAAGAUGGCGGCGGCGGCAGCGGCAGCGUUGGGGGCGCGGAGCCGCGGGCGGGGGAGGGAAAAGGAGAAUCUGUGAGUCGCGGAGAGGCGGCGCGGCGGCUGCUGUGAGGAGACCGGGUGCGGAGCUGCCGGCGGCUCGGCCGUUCAGGGCCGGGGCCUGGAGUGGGAAGGAGAGGCCGGAGCAGCGCCAAGAGCCCGAGGCCGGAGCCGAGGAGGAAUGUGACCGGGGGUCGGCGGGGGCGCGGGAGUACGCGAGCGCAGGGAUGGGGCAGCAGGUGGGCCGCGUCGGGGAGGCUCCGGGGCUUCAGCAGCCGCAGCCCCGCGGGAUCCGGGGCAGCAGUGCAGCCAGGCCCUCCGGCCGCAGGCGGGACCUGGCGGGACGCACCGCGGAGGCCGGCUUCAAUAUCUUCACCCAGCAUGAUCACUUUGCCAGCUGUGUGGAGGAUGGAUUUGAGGGAGACAAGACUGGAGGCAGUAGUCCAGAAGCCUUGCACCGCCCCUAUGGGUGUGAUGUUGAGCCCCAGGCACUGAAUGAAGCCAUCAGGUGGAGUUCCAAGGAGAACUUGCUGGGAGCCACUGAGAGUGACCCUAAUCUUUUUGUUGCACUUUAUGAUUUUGUAGCAAGUGGUGAUAACACGCUCAGCAUCACUAAAGGUGAAAAGCUACGAGUCCUUGGUUACAACCAGAAUGGUGAGUGGAGUGAAGUUCGCUCUAAGAAUGGCCAAGGUUGGGUGCCAAGCAACUACAUCACCCCAGUGAACAGCUUGGAAAAACAUUCCUGGUACCACGGACCUGUGUCGCGCAGUGCAGCGGAGUAUCUGCUCAGCAGUCUAAUCAAUGGCAGUUUCCUGGUGCGAGAAAGUGAGAGCAGCCCUGGGCAGCUGUCGAUCUCGCUCAGGUAUGAGGGGCGUGUGUAUCACUACAGGAUCAAUACCACCACAGAUGGCAAGGUGUAUGUAACUGCUGAGAGCCGCUUUAGCACCUUGGCAGAGCUCGUUCACCACCACUCCACUGUGGCUGAUGGGCUGGUGACAACACUGCACUACCCAGCCCCGAAGUGUAAUAAGCCGACAGUCUACGGUGUGUCCCCCAUCCAUGACAAAUGGGAAAUGGAGCGAACGGAUAUUACCAUGAAGCACAAACUUGGGGGUGGUCAGUAUGGAGAGGUUUACGUUGGCGUCUGGAAGAAAUAUAGCCUUACGGUUGCUGUGAAAACACUAAAGGAAGAUACCAUGGAGGUAGAGGAGUUCCUGAAAGAAGCUGCAGUGAUGAAGGAAAUCAAGCAUCCUAAUCUGGUGCAACUGUUAGGUGUGUGUACUUUGGAGCCACCAUUUUACAUCGUGACUGAAUACAUGCCAUAUGGAAACUUGCUUGAUUAUCUCCGAGAAUGCAACCGAGAAGAGGUGACUGCAGUUGUACUGCUCUACAUGGCCACGCAGAUCUCCUCUGCCAUGGAGUACUUAGAGAAGAAGAAUUUCAUCCAUAGAGAUCUUGCAGCUCGUAAUUGCCUGGUGGGAGAAAACCAUGUGGUGAAAGUGGCUGACUUUGGCUUAAGUAGAUUGAUGACUGGAGACACUUACACUGCUCAUGCUGGAGCCAAAUUUCCUAUUAAAUGGACAGCACCAGAGAGUCUUGCCUACAAUACCUUCUCCAUUAAAUCUGACGUCUGGGCUUUUGGGGUACUUUUGUGGGAAAUUGCUACAUAUGGAAUGUCACCAUAUCCAGGUAUUGACCUAUCUCAGGUCUACGAUCUACUGGAAAAAGGAUAUCGAAUGGAACAGCCUGAAGGGUGCCCCCCUAAGGUUUAUGAACUUAUGAGAGCAUGCUGGAAGUGGAGCCCUGCUGACAGGCCCUCUUUUGCUGAAACACAUCAAGCUUUUGAAACCAUGUUCCAUGACUCCAGCAUUUCUGAAGAGGUAGCUGAGGAGCUUGGGAGAGCCGCCUCGUCCUCGUCUGUUGUUCCAUACUUGCCCCGAUUACCUAUACUUCCUUCUAAGACCCGGACGCUGAAGAAACAGAUGGAGAACAAGGAGAACAUCGAAGGGGCACAAGAUGCCACAGAAAAUUCUGCUUCCAGUUCAGCACCAGGGUUCAUUAGAAGUGCACAGGUCCCCAGCGGUUCCCCAGCACUGCCUCGAAAGCAGAGAGACAAGUCGCCCAGCAGCCUCUUGGAAGACGCCAAAGAGACAUGCUUCACCAGGGAUAGGAAGGGAGGCUUCUUCAGCUCCUUCAUGAAAAAGAGAAAUGCUCCCACACCCCCAAAACGCAGCAGCUCCUUCCGAGAAAUGGAGAAUCAGCCCCACAAGAAAUAUGAACUCACGGGUAACUUCUCAUCUGUUGCUUCUCUACAGCAUGCUGAUGGGUUCUCUUUCACUCCUGCCCAGCAAGAGGCGAAUCUGGUGCCACCCAAGUGCUAUGGGGGGAGCUUUGCACAGAGGAAUCUCUGUAAUGACGACAGUGGUGGGGGUGGGGGCAGUGGCACUGCUGGGGGUGGGUGGUCUGGCAUCACAGGCUUCUUUACACCACGCUUAAUCAAAAAGACACUGGGCUUACGAGCGGGUAAACCCACAGCCAGUGAUGACACUUCCAAGCCUUUUCCAAGGUCAAACUCUACAUCUUCCAUGUCCUCAGGGCUUCCAGAGCAGGAUAGGAUGGCAAUGACCCUUCCCAGGAACUGCCAGAGGUCCAAACUCCAGCUGGAAAGAACAGUGUCCACCUCUUCUCAGCCAGAAGAGAAUGUGGACAGGGCCAAUGACAUUCUUCCAAAAAAAUCAGAGGAGGGUGCUCCAACCAGGGAGAGACCAAAAGCCAAACUUUUGCCCAGAGGAGCCACAGCUCUUCCUCUGAGAACGCCCUCUGGGGAUCCAGCCAUUGCAGAGAAAGACUCUCCAGGGGUGGGGGUGGCUGGAGUGGCAGCUGCCCCAAAGACCAAGGAGAGGAAUGGUGGGGCACGACUUGGCAUGGCUGGAGUCCCAGAGGAUGGCGAGCAGACAGGCUGGUCUUCUCCAGCCAAGGCUGCGGCAGCCCUCCCCACCACUCACAACCACAAAGUGCCAGUCCUUAUCUCACCCACUCUGAAGCACACUCCAGCUGACGUGCAGCUCAUUGGCACAGACUCUCAGGGGAAUAAAUUCAAGCUCUUAUCUGAGCAUCAGGUCACAUCCUCUGGAGACAAGGACCGACCCCGACGGGUAAAACCAAAGUGUGCCCCACCCCCACCACCAGUGAUGAGACUACUGCAGAAUCCGUCCAUAUGCUCAGACCCCACGGAAGAGCCGACUGCCCCGACUACAGGACAGCCCACGUCAGAAACACAGGAAGGAGGGAAAAAGGCGGCUCCGGGGGCAGCGCCCGUCAGUGGGAAAGCUGGGAGGCCUGUGAUGCCUCCACCUCAAGUGCCUCUGCCCACAUCUUCCAUCUCGCCAGUGAAAAUGGCCAAUGGCACAGCAGGUACUAAAGUAGCUCUGAGGAAAACCAAACAGGCGGCCGAGAAAAUCUCGGCAGACAAAAUCAGCAAAGAGGCCCUACUAGAAUGUGCUGACCUACUGUCCAGUGCAAUCACGGAACCUGUGCCCAACAGCCAACUGGUGGACACUGGACACCAGCUGCUCGACUACUGCUCAGGCUACGUGGACUGCAUCCCUCAAACUCGCAACAAAUUUGCCUUCCGAGAGGCUGUGAGCAAACUGGAACUCAGCCUGCAGGAGCUGCAGGUGUCUUCAGCAGCUGCCGGUGUGCCCGGGGCAAACCCUGUCCUUAAUAACUUAUUGUCAUGUGUACAGGAAAUCAGUGAUGUGGUACAGAGGUAGCCACUGUCAGCCUGGUGGGAAGAUGCACACAUUUCUGAGGGGAGAUGGAAGGGACUUGUUUUCCUGUGUUCUUGUUUUCAAAAAAUGAAAGACUGAUACUUGAGUGUGUUUAUGUGAAGUACCUCAGAUCUCUGAGUUCUCACGUUUACAGGUUCAUCUCAGAAAUAACAAAAAGCAAAACACAUAGGAGAGGGAAAUGAGAUGGGGGCAGGGCGGUCGUGGCCAGGAUUAGAAGCUGCACUGGGACAUCAGGAGACGGGUAUGUCGUGCCAUGAAGAACCAAAUCGAGCCCGUUCUUACCUGGAAUGAUGGGAAGUGGUUAGACGGGGCUGCUCUUGGCAGGGCCACAGUGACCGUGCCCAGACAGUGGAGUGGCUGCGGCACUCAUGCUGCACCAUCGAACGGAAUUGACCGGGGCUCCUGUAGGUACUAAUGGUGAUUAUGCUCGAACUCACCUAACGAAUUUGGUGGGGCAGAAGAAAGGAAAGCUGGGAACGUACCAGGGGAAGUUUUGUUUAAGGCUCUUAGAAGCAGCUGUUAGCCUUGCUUCGACAAGGUCACUGCUACAGCAAAAACUGCAGAUCAGUUUGCUAGAAUACAAAACUGGGAAACGUGGCCCUUCUCUAUGCUCCUGUCCUGUUUUCCAUUGGUGCAGGAAGUAAAGAAUGCUAGGAAGUAGUCGGGGGGAUUGAAAACUCCUCCUAAAAUCUUACAUUGAUUAGCAGAAGUCAGUUCUCCCAGUCUAGUGUAUUAUUUCCUGAUGGGCCAGGAUCAGCUUUCUGCUUCUUGGUGCCUAUCUGUAAACCAUAGGCUUAGGGGUCUCCUUAGCGGUUCUUUGCUGCCCUUUGCUGGGCAGGCUGUCUUCUCUUAUUCCUGGCAGCAUUCAGGGCAUUAACCAACAUUGAUUUUGAAAAUAGUGGUCAUAUACAGGUUCUCACAGGAGAAUCCUUUUCUGACACAGUGCCCCUGCACACUGACAUACUGGCCAAGAACUUGAGCAGCUGUGUAUUUCUUCAUCAACUAAAACACCAAGGCGAGGGUCUCUUCUUGAAACCCAACGGCCAGGCCCAGAGGCGUGUGACUGAGAGAAGCUGGCUUGGGUCCUGAUGGUUGUUGCUCUGUCCCUUCCCUCUCCCUUAUCACCUGAGACCCAGUGUAGGUAGAGAGUAGGGAGAAGCAUUCUCUUACUCUCUAUGGAUUUUAAAUGAAUUACCCCAAAUUAUUCCUGUAUGCUUUUCUCCUCUCACUUAUCCUUGCCCCAUUGUUGUGCUUGUUUGUAAAGAUCAUAUUGGAAAUAAUCUUUGAUAUUUAUUUUGUCAUUUCACCUCUGUUUUAAAAAUGUGUAAUUGAAGGAGCAGGUCAUCACCAGAGAACACCAAUUAGAUCCUGGAAACCUAAUGACUUAACGCUCAAAUACAUUUUGCCCUUGAAAAAUAGGCCUUUUCCAUCCCUAUUCAGUUAUAACUAUGGAAGCUAAUUAGGAUUGCAUGGAAAUGAAUCGAAUUGGUAAGAUAUUAUUAAUAUUCUUGAUAUCAGAUCUCAUUCCAGUUACCACUUUAUUCUCUUUUUAAAGUUUUAUGACCUGCCCCCCCCAGGAAGAACCCAAUAGAAAAAAAUAAAUCCAUUAUUUUUUCCUCCCGAAGGAAUAUUAACUUAGGAAGAUAGGAGUUCAGCAUUGAUGAACAGUGAGUUUUCUUCCUGGCUCUGUCAUCGAUCCACUGUCAAGCCACAGCUCCAUCUCUUAAUCUAUUAAAUGAAGGUAAUGAUACAUGUUCUCAAGGGUGUUUUCCAAAUAAGUGUAUAGCUAUCCCUUUGAGAGCAUCUCUAGAAAGCUCUUGAGUGCAGUGUUGUUAUGUUGAAUGGUUUUUCAUCUCUUCUUUGCUCAGUAGUAGACAAUGAAAUUUAGAACUGCUGAGAUUGCAUUAACUGGGCUAGAGUACUAGGCGGGGAAACUAUGUUUUGGACAGAGUUUGGCAUCUUUGACCAAGGAGGAAAUUUAGUUUUCAUUAAAAAGAAAGGAAAACUUGAUUCUUAUCAUAGCUGCUCCAGAGGAGGCCCAGGCCAAGAGAAGGCUAAGAAGGGAGGAGACGGUACUGGGCACUCCUGGGGGCUGGGUGAUCCCUGUCUGUCCAUCACUCACAGAGGCAGCACAGGCAGCUAGUGCUCUCGUUCAUCUCCUUGCAGCUGAAGGAGAAGAUAGAGCUCCCUGUAACUUGCGUUAGAAACCGACAGUCCUCCUUUCUUCUUUGCCACUUCCCUGCAUCAUACACUUCCAUAAACUUGAAAUCGUUUUAGCGAUUAGCCUUUUAAGGGUGGGACAGGGAAAGCUAAAACUUUAGAAUAUUACUAUGCUGCUUUUUAAGUUUAUCCCUGUCAUUGUGGGAUGCAAGUUGAGGGAUUAUAAUUGACUUUCAGGGGAUUUUUUUUUUUUUUUUUUUUUUUUUUUUUUUAAAUCAAGGGAUCUUUCCUUGAGAGCUCUGAAAAUAAGCCUUGGAGGAACACUACUGAGUGUAUUUCAGCUCCCUGGUCUUCUCACUGAAGAACAGUCUGGAGGGUGGGGGCUGUGUCUUACUCAGGGGCCGCACCUGGCUCUGUCUCGCCUGCGUUAGGUGCUCAGUGAGGUCAUGGAGAGCUGAUUUUCCUCAGCACUGUCGAAUAGCCUUGGCUGUCGUGGCACACUCCAUCCACGUGAUGCUUGAACCGCGUAACUUCAGGAGGUGCGGGCUCAGGGCUCAGGUUAAAGAGACACUGUCAACUUACUGUAAAAGUAGAACUUAGGCUUUUCCUUUUUCUACUUGAAAAGGACCAGAGUGAAAAAAAUAACCUUAUGUAAAUUUAAAAGUUUGAAUUCAAAGCAGAGAAAACUGCUUCUAGAAGUUUAAUUCUAUCUAGUUUAAAAGCAAAGCAGGUAGCAGGAGCAAAAGCCCUUCUACAAGGUGUUGGAAACUUUCUAAAGUGGUUAUAUGUAUGCAGACCUUUGGACUGCCAUGGCUGAAUCCUUUCAUGUACAGAUCUAUGAUUUCAGGUUAGAUUUCCUACCUUAAAAUGCAGUGUUUUUUGUAGAAUACAUCUUGAUUGUACUUUACAUGAAAUAUUUUCUUAAAAGGCUUUGUGUAAAAUUAGAAUGUGUAUAUUUUCCUACAGACUGACAUUGUGAUUUUCAGAGAUACAGCCUUAAAAAAAAUUGGCCCUAAGAAAUUCAUUCAGUGUUUUUUGAGAUAACCUCUGUGCAUUGAGGUCAUUAGUGGAGACCCUUUCCCAGCUGCAUUUUGGGGUUUAAAUCAGAAUUUUCUUACAAUUCAGUUGAAAGUUGGCUAGUAAAAUAGUGCCCAGUUAAUAAAACAUGCUGACUUUGCUAAGGCAUAGCCCAUAUUUAAAGUCAUGGGGCUUUUGAGUUUAAAGGACACGGUAUGGACAGCAAUUAGGAGUUCAGACUCUAAAGCCAGUCUAGAAGUUGAGGCAUUUUAACCUUCCUGGGCCUUAGUUUCCUCAUUGGAAAACAGGGAUAAUAGUAGUGACUACCUCAGGGUUGUUGUAAGGAUGAAAUGAGAUAAUGUAUGUGAGCUACUUAGCUUGAGUGCCUAGCACAUAAUGAGCACUCCAUAAGUGUCAACUACUGCUAUUAUUAAACUUAGUCCAGUGAGUCUUAGCCAGGGAUGCACAACAAAAUCUCCUGGAGUUUAAAAAAAACACAAAAAAACCAUUUCCAUCGGCCUCACCCCAGAUCAGAAUUCCCAAAAGGGUGGGGUCUUCGUGCGUUUUCCAAGAAUCCCUCCAGGUGUUUCAGACAGCCGACACUGUCUGAACA